AUGAAAGUUGUUUCAAACGGCAUUGCGAUUGUGUUUGCUUUCUGCAUUCUGCUUGCCACUAGUUCCUUUGUAGAGGGAGAUGUACCAAAGGAUGACCACUCUUUGAAUCAUCCACAACCGCAACAUUUGCAGGGGCCUGCGAAUACCAACAAAGGGAUUAAGGAUUCUGCGAUGUUUGGAUAUUAUCCUGGCGGCGGCGGCGGUGGCGGUGGCGGAUACGGAUUUGGCAGCGGAUACGGAUACGGCAAGGGAUACGGAUACGGCAACGGCAACGGAUACGGAUACGGCAACGGCAACGGAUACGGAUACGGCAACGGCAACGGAUACGGAUGCGGCAACGGAUAUGGAUGCGGCAACGGCAACGGAUACGGAUACGGCGGUGGAUAUGGAAGUGGAUCCGGCGGCGGAUACGGCGUCGGCGCCAGUGGCAGUCCCAGAUAUGGCAGCAGUUCCAGAUUUGGCAGGGGUUUCGGAUUUGGCAAAGGUGAAGGCCUUGGUAGUGGCUUUAAUGGGAAAAAAAAUUAA